AUGGACACGCUUCCGCCAGAAGAGCUUCUCGUGCAUACUCUGGACCUUCUUGAAUACCGCCUCCACAGGUUGGAAUUCAUGUUUAACGGUGGCGAUGAAGACUCGCCCCAGCUUCCCAAGGGCGUUACCGUAUCCGAUCGUAUAGACAAGCUACAAAAGUCGCUGGGUCAGCUUGCUGCACGGUCGAGAACCGUGGAACAAUUGCUUAAGCUUCAAUCGCAGCAACCGGAGUUGUUCCAACCCGCGGAUUCGGAGGACGAGGCUGGCGGCGACGGGCCAGACGAAGAACAAAAGCUCUCUCUCGUCCUUUCGGAAGCCCCUAGCUAUCUAGCGACGGCAAGCCAGCUCCGCUCGCUGCAAGACAUACCGCUCCCUCCCACGGAGUCUUUCACACAACUCGUUUCCCAGGCACCACGUUUCGCAGGUAUAAUGGCCGUGCAGGAUCAGCAAGCGAGAGAUAUUGCCGAGCUGAGGAUCCGCAGCGCACUACUCGUCGCACGCUGGUACGAGGUUCAAAUCUUGGGUUUGGGGCGAUGCUGGGCAGAUUGGGAAGAGCGCAUGAGAGGCAUAGAGAGGGGUGUUGGAAGAGCAGAAUCGCGGAGCGAGGCCGAUUGA